GCCCCAGCGCUCCCCGCCCUCCCGCGCCCCGCCAGCGCCUGCAGUCCCUCGGGGACCCAGGCGUCCCGGAGCCGGGCACCAUGGCCAAGCGCAGCUCGCUGUCCAUCCGCAUCGUGGAGGGCAAGAACCUGCCGGCCAAGGACAUCACUGGCAGCAGUGACCCGUACUGCAUCGUGAAGGUGGACAAUGAGCCCAUCAUCAGGACAGCCACUGUGUGGAAGACCUUGAGCCCCUUCUGGGGGGAGGAGUAUCAAGUUCACCUGCUGCCCACCUUCCAUACAGUGGCCUUCUAUGUCCUGGAUGAAGAUGCUCUCAGCCGGGAUGACGUCAUCGGGAAGGUAUGCCUCAGCAGGGACACACUGGCCUCUCACCCCAAGGGUUUCUGUGGCUGGGCCCACCUGACAGAGGUUGAUCCUGACGAGGAGGUGCAGGGUGAAAUCCACCUACGUCUGGAAGUGCUGCCAGGCCCCCCGGCCCCCCGUCUGCGCUGCUCUGUGCUGGAGGCCAGGGACCUGGCCCCCAAGGACCGGAACGGCACCUCCGACCCCUUUGUGCGCGUGCGCUACAAUGGCCGCACACAGGAGACCUCGAUAGUGAAGAAGUCCUGCUACCCCCGCUGGAAUGAGACCUUCGAGUUUGAGCUGGAGGAGGGGGUCUCAGGGGCACUGUGUGUGGAGGCCUGGGACUGGGACCUGGUCAGCCGUAAUGACUUCCUGGGCAAGGUGGUGUUCAAUGUCCCGAGGCUGGGAGCAGCCCCCCUGGAAGAGGGCUGGUUCCGGCUGCAGCCCGACCAGGCCAAGCAUCAACAGCCAGAGGGCAACCUGGGCUCCUUGCAGCUGGAGGUGCGGCUGCGGGAUGAGACGGUGCUGCCUUCCUACUGCUACCAGCCCCUGGUGCGGCUGCUGUGCCAGGAGGUGACGCUGGGCACCCAGGGCCCGGGACAGCUGAUCCCUCUCAUUGAGGAGCUGACGAGCACUGAGUGUCGCCAGGAUGUGGCCACCAACCUGCUCAAGCUCUUCCUGGGGCAGGGCCUGGCCAAGGACUUCCUGGACCUGCUGUUCCAGCUGGAGCUGGCUCGAACCAGUGAGGCCAAUACCCUUUUCCGGAGCAACUCACUGGCCUCCAAGUCCAUGGAGUCCUUCCUGAAGGUGGCGGGGAUGCGCUACCUGCACGGCGUCCUGGGCCCCAUCAUCGACAGGGUGUUCGAGGACAAGAAGUACGUGGAGCUGGACCCCAGCAAAGUGGAGGUCAAAGAUGUGGGAUGCUCCGGCCUGCACCGCCCCACGACCGAGGCCGAGGUGCUGGAGCAGAGUGCGCACACGCUGCGUGGCCACCUGGGGGCGCUGCUGAGCGCGCUGAGCCGCUCGGUGCGCGCAUGCCCGGCCGUGGUGCGCGCCACCUUCCGCCAGCUCUUUCUGCGCGUGCGCGAGCGCUUCCCCAGCGCCCAGCACGAGAACGUGCCUUUCAUCGCCGUCACCAGCUUCCUGUGUUUGCGCUUCUUUUCUCCCGCCAUCAUGGCCCCCAAGCUCUUCCACCUGCGGGAGCGCCACGCGGACGCCCGCACCAGCCGCACCCUGCUCCUGCUGGCCAAGGCGGUGCAGAAUGUGGGCAACAUGGACACGCUGGCGUCCCGGGCCAAGGAAGCUUGGAUGGAGCCCCUGCAGCCCACCGUGCGCCAGGGCGUGGCCCAGCUGAAGGACUUCAUCACUAAGCUGGUGGACAUCGGGGAGAAGGAGGAGCUGGACCUGCAGCGGACGCUGAGCCUGCAGGCUCCCCCCGUGAAGGAGGGGCCGCUCUUCAUCCACCGCACCAAGGGCAAGGGCCCCCUCAUGUCCUCCUCCUUCAAGAAGCUGCACUUCUCGCUGACCACCGAGGCCCUGAGCUGUGCCAAGACGCCCAGCUCCAAGAAAAGCGCCCUUAUCAAGCUGGCGAGCGUGCGGGCGGCGGAGAAAGUGGAGGAGAAGAGCUUCGGCAGCUCGCACGUCAUGCAGGUCAUCUACUCGGACGACGUGGGCCGGCCACAGACUGCCUACCUGCAGUGCAAGUGUGUGAAUGAGCUGAACCAGUGGCUGUCGGCGCUAAGGAAGGUAAUCAUGAACAACCCCAGCCUGCUAGGCUCCUACCACCCUGGUGUCUUCCGAGGGGACAAGUGGAGCUGCUGCCACCAGAGGGACAGGACAGAUCUGGGCUGUGAUAAGACCCGGUCCCGGGUGACUCUGCAGGAGUGGAACGACCCUCUGGACCACGACCUGGAGGCCCAGCUGCUGUACCGCCACCUGCAGGGUCUGGAGGCUGAGCUGUGGCAGAGGCACCGGUCACAGAAUGUGGGCACGGAGACUGACCCUGGUGAAGCCUCCAGGGACGCGCUAGCCCAGCUGCUGCAGGUGCUGGGGAACCUCCGGGAGGCCCACGGCUCCAGCCACACUGGCCCCCUGCCCGUGGAGCCCACUCGCCUGCUGGCACUACAGACGUGAAGUUUGCCCUGUCCCCUGGCAACUCCACCAGGAGCCUGGCAGCCUGAUGCAUUCUGGGCCUUCACUGCAGAAUCUUCCUCUGGGACUCCCUGGAGGAGGUUGAGCUGGCCGGUUCUCCAGGGGACUCUGGUGGCUCCUGGCCUCUCUGCUGCCUUGCACCCCCUCGCCUGGACCCCCACUGCUGCUAGCCCAGACCCCCCCACACCACCCCAUCCAGACAGGUGGUCUCACAGGGCCCUGGAGACGGGCCGUGACCUCAGCACCCCCACCCACUGCCUCAGGACCACUGACUGUGCCCCUGGGCAGCACCUGGUGCCCCACUGACGACAAUAAACCAGCUGUGACUGCCA